UCACGUGACUGUGGCUGUGAACGAGCGGUUCACAUGACGGGACAUGGUUUAUUCCGUCACUGUGGCUGUUGACCGACAUCGACGCGAUUCCUUCUCUGCUCGGCUUCACGAAACACUCCAGAACUCGGCUCCUUCUAUCGUCAGACCGCAGAGGAAAACGUAAACAGCAACAGCAGCAGCAACAACAACAACAACAACAACAACAACAACAACCCCCACCACGGUGACGCAUCGGGUUGUUGAACGCUCCGUGAAGUCGAGUGCAGCUCGUCGCUCCACCGACCGACCGACCGACCUGCCGGUUGACGGCAACCACACAACCCUCUCCUCCUCCUCCUCCUCCUCCUCCUCUGGUAUUCGGUCGGUCGUGUUCAUCCGGUCCUCCUGCGCAGAGACGAGGUGAAGUCUGCGCCGUGACGCGCCGUGACGCGCAGGAUGAAACUCCGCGGCGCUCUGUGCGCGCUGCUCGUCGCCUGCUGCGCGGCUCCAGGUUGUAUUCAGGCUGUUACUCUCCAGGUGAACGAGGGGAACUCCACCUGCAUUAAGGCGGAGCUUUCUGCGUCCUUCUCCGUCACAUACAACACCACCUCCAGGAGCACAAGAACAGUGCAAUUCGCUCUGCCCGCCUCCGCCACAGUCGAUGCGGUCAGCAGCUCGUGUGGCGCAGGCGGCGGCCUCCCGUGGCUGGUGGCGGUGUUCGGACCGGGCCACGCGCUGGGCCUGAGCUUCUCCUCCAAUGGGAGUGUGUACAGCGUCGCCAACCUGACGCUGCAGUACAACCUCAGCGACGCGUCGACCUUCCCGGACGCCAACAGCUCCGAUGUGGUCACGGUGGUGUCGUCGUCCGUUGGGAUCUGGGCAGCGGUCAACACCACCUUCCGCUGUAUGAGCCCCUCGGCAUUCAGCGUUGGCGGAGCCACCGUCACGUUCUCCGACAUGAAGCUGGAGGCGUACAUGCCCGGAAAUGACCUGAGUCCAGCAGAAAGCGUAUGCACGGCGGAUACGGCCAGCACGACAGCGCCGUCCACCACUGCUGCUCCGGUACCGACCCCUCCUGGGACACCCGAGCAGGGCACCUACUCUGUAGACAACAACGGCAGCGUGUGUCUCCUGGCCCAGAUGGGACUGCAGUUCAACAUCUCCUACGUGUCUAAAUCUCAGAAUAAGACGGUCCAGCAUCUAGUAAACCUGACUCCUCAUCUGACAAAUGCGUCGGGAUCAUGUGAAGCCAGCAGAGCUACCUUGGUUUUGACACAAGAGCAAGCCACCACACUCAACUUCACCUUCACCUUGAACUCCACGACCAGCAAGUACCACCUGAGCGGGUUAGCUCUGCUCGCCAUUUGGCCUGAUAUGAUUGCUCCAUUCUCAGCCAGUAACGCUAGUCUGGACUACCUGCGCAGCACGCUGGGCCGCUCCUACAUGUGCAGCGCAGCGCAAACUCUGGUUGUGGAACCGACCUUCUCUCUGAACACAUUCAGACUGCAGGUCCAACCCUUUGGACUCACCACCAACCAGUUCGCAACAGCGGAGGAGUGUCAGAUGGACCAGGACCAGAUGCUCAUCCCCAUCGUCGUCGGGGCGGCCCUCGCCGGCCUGGUGCUGAUCGUGCUCAUCGCGUACCUAAUAGGCAGGAGGAGGAGCCACGCCGGAUACCAGACCAUCUGAAUGGAGUACCCCCGACGAACUGAACAGUGGAGGGACGAGCCUUAGCGUGUGAAUGAGCAAUUGGACUCGGAACAUGAGUGAAUGGAAUAAGUUCUUUUCUCCGUGGUGACGGCAUGUUGUACUGUUUUUUUUUGUGUGUGUGCGCAUCCUGUGUGACCUCUGGAUGUUUUAUUUUUCCUCUCGGCUUUUCCGUGGAAUGACCUGAAGCAAAAACAUCUGCUAAAUUUUAAACGGUGAAGCGUGAAGAGGACACCACAUAAUCGAGGAUGGAGGGAACGUUUGAAUUCGCUUUACUAAGUUGACCAUCAGCUGCUUGGCUCUGCUCUAGGAAUCAGUUGAAAUUUGCUUGAACUGCUGUUUGUUGUUAUGUUUUCAUCCAUCUGCGUUUGUUUGUCCGUUUGUUGAUCAUCAGGAUCACGCAACAAAAAACGACAUGACCCAACGAAGAACCCAUUAAAAAUUUGGUGCGCUUCCAGAACUUAUUUUUCACCUCUCUUCUUUAUAACCUGGUGAUUGGGUGUUAGCCUUGGCACAGGUAUGUGCUCUCCAAGCCCCCUUCCUGGGAGUUUUAUUAGUACUCAUGCCGACUGCUUUUCUGUUUAAUUUCACGAGCAUAAGAUGACUUAAGAGAAGGGAAAGCCUGGAAUCUGCUAAAAGCUUAAACCGCCCCAUCAGUGGACCGAGGCUCAAUAAGGUAACUGCGUAACUCUUCCGUCUCAUUUAACAGGACGAGUGAACAGGUGCAUGGGUUCAUUCUCUAGUCGUGAUUUCGGCCGCCUUCUCCUAAAAAAAGAAAUGUACAUUGUAGUGAUUUGAUCCUUUAUUUUUUUUUUUUAUAGAAAAUGACGUGAUCUCGUUUUCUAUUAUGCAUCUAACUGAAAGUUAAUAAAGAUCUUAGAAUUUCAGGACA